AUGAACACCAAGCUCACACACUCUCGCAACGGGCAGCGCCGUCGCGGCUUCACGCUCAUCGAGCUCCUCGUUGUGAUCGCGGUCAUCGCGAUUCUCAUCAGCAUCCUCCUCCCGGCCCUCGGCAAGGCUCGCCAGGCCGCGUGGAAGGCGACCGGCGCCAACCUCCAGCGCCAGUUCGUCGUCGGCAUGACCGCCUACGCGAGCAACGCCCGCCAGUUCUUCCCCGGCAUCAACUCGACGGGCAUCACCCUCGAGAACAUCGAAGGGACGACGAACUUCGACGACCUGCUGGAUUCACGCGCCGACCUGCCCGUGCAGGUCUGGGACUGGAUGACCCCCGCGCUCUCCGAGGAAGACCUCCCCGGCAACCGCGAGGCCCGCUUCUACGUCCUCAUGGAGCGAUUCGGCGACCCCUCCCAGAAGCAGCUCGUCCUCUCGAGCGCCAACUCCGGCAGCGUCGCGGCCACCGUCCGCACCAGCAACUGGAUGGAGAUCGAGAACCGCGAAGGCCAGAUGCUCGGCACCAGCUUCCUGAUGCCCGGCGCCUUCCAGUUCGCCGGCAGCGGCACGCGUGACCGCGCCGCGGGCUUCGACAGCCCGAACGACCUCUACGGCAAGCCCUCGACCGACAACGACGGCGUCACCCUCGCCGCCGGGUACCUCCCCAAGAUCGACAAGAUCGGCGGCACGUCCCGCAAGAUCGCCAUCGCGGAUGGCUUCCGCACCUACGACAUCGCCGGCGGCAUGGGCUCCGUCCUCGAUCACCGACUCAUCUGGGACAUCACGAACGAGUCCGUCAACCAGUCCGGCAGCUACCUCCGCUACGGCGCGUUCGCCUCCGAGAGCCCCAUCCCCCGCUUCUCCCCCGCGUACUCUCGCGAGGAGACCUCCGCCGGCAUGGGCGAGAACCUCCAGUUCAGCUACCGCCACCAGAACGAGAUGAACGCCGUCUUCUGGGACGGCCACGUCGAGAGCUUCAGCUCCGAACUCUCCCGCGACCCGAACAUGUGGUACCCCACCCGUUCCCAGGUCACGGACGAUUCGCAGAUCGACCCCCUCGCCCAGUCCUACUUCGACGAUCCCAUGACCAACCCGGACAUGUUCAUCAACUGA